UUCUCCAUUAUACCAAUGUGGAGCUGACUAUUUCAUACUUUUUGUUAUAUCAUGUAAUAUUUUGUUAUAAAGACUAAAUCUAUGAUCUUAGCAUUCUGGUUUGCCUAUUUUCGUUGGGUUGAACUGACUCGUUUCAGCAAAAUUAUAUAUUCCAUUGACAAUCUUUUCAUCUAAGGAAAUGAUACGAUGCAAGAAAAAUGUUCAGUCUUCUGAGUGAAAGAGGGUGCCCGUGGGUAAAUGAAGGGGGCCAGGGGAUCAGGAGACGCCAAGAAUACCACGUCCAAGCCGACCGCGGAGAAAAGGGGCACGGCGGACAGCCAGCGAGAUGAAAAAGGACAAUUCAGGGACAAGAUCUGGACACACGCGGAGCAGAAGAAGUACCUCCAGAAGCUGUCUACCCUGGGCCUCCAGGUCGAGCAGGAGCCCAGGGUAGCGUCGGGGGUCAUCGAAGGACGCGGCAACUUUUUGGACCUGAGUGGACUGAACCUGAAACUUUUCGAUGUCAGGGAUCCCAACGCAAAAAUAACUCUAGACAACCUGAGCUACCUUUACCUGAGUAAUAACCAAUUGGAAAGAAUUCCCUCUGAAUUAUUCGCCUAUUGCCCAAAUCUCAUCUGGCUCGAUCUGAGGCGAAAUUUGCUGAAAACUUUCCCAACGAGUGUUGUGAACAACGCAAGCCUCGAGACUAUACUUCUACAGAGAAAUGGGCUCAAGAUAAUACCGCUCGAGUUGGGCUCUUUGCCGAAUUUGAAAACACUGUCCGUGAUCGAAAAUCCAUUGGAGUUUCCAAAUCGAACCGUACUGACUACAUGCUCGACCGAUGCUAAGUUGAUUGAUUAUUUGAGGAGAUGCUGGGAAAACCAGUCGACCAAAGAUGUGCCAAUACUGAGUCCAAAUAAGACUGAAGACGAAAAGAAAAAGAAAACAGUCAAGAGAAUUCAACAAGAGAAGAAAUUGCGUAGCCUCAGCGAAAUCGUCUGCGAGAAGAAAGACUCAUCAAAGAUAAUCGAUCAAGUAGUCGCUGAGAAGAUAACGAGCGAACUUAGAUCACAAGAGAAGACAAUCCAAAAGGCCAAGGACAAAGAGACUUUGAGGAGUUGGCGCGACAGGAAACGCCGCAUGGAGCGUAAUGAGUUUAGAUUGCCAAAACCACCGCCGCCGUUUGGAGUAGAUCCAGAUGCCAAAAUGCCUUCAAGAAGAGACCUCAUGUCCAACUUAAGAAUCGAUAUGAAAGGAAAGCCAAAACGAAACUCAAAAGAUCAAGUAAAUUUGAACCGAGAAAUCGAAGAAUUGAGAGUGUCGCUUCAAGAUAUGGUGAAAAAGAGGCAAACGGACGACCCCCACAAAGAAAUGUCAACGAGACUCAAUGAGAUAAGAGCUAUAAAAGAUAUCCAGAGGAAGCUUGCAGCACUUAAAAAGAUCAGUUGAUACGAGGAGGUUUAGAAAUAAAUUACUCAAGAUUUUUUUUUUCUUUUUUUAUAUAAACGCCUUUAAAAUUCAAAUUAUCAAGGAUCAUCACGUUAAUUGCGCACAAUAGCCUACAGCGUUGUAACCUAUGAGAAUAAAAAAAUAAAAGCACAAAAUGCAUUAAAAAAAA